UAUCUCCAAGUUGAGUCUAAGUCUUUGAGGAGACAAUGGCCUGCACAGCCAGGAAUGACUCGAUGGUUUUGGAGAGAGAACCUCUACAACUAAAUCAAGAAUCACCUGCGGAAACAAAACCCAAUCACGAUGAGGCAGAACAGGUAGAGUUAUCUCUCCUGAUAGAAAACCAGGCCCCUAAAAGCAAUGGAAAAAAUGUUACAAGUUACGCAAUAGACCCUGCAUACCACAACACCACUGAAAACCCAUACAGAGAAACCACUGUGACAGUACCCCACCUCGUGAAAAAAGUCCCAGAAGAUGAUCUGACACCCCCACCCUGGAAAACCUUCAACCAGAUUUUGAUCAUGUCAUACGUCAGUGUAUUUUUCUGUCUUUGUAUUGGGGUUUUCGCCAAUAGGGAGGCUUGGAAAGCUAAGAUGUAUAAUGGGAAAGGUCUGUAUGGCUUAGCCCAGAAGAGGGCCAAACGGGCAGUUAUAAUCAGCUACAUCGCUGUAGGAGGGGGAUUUAUUAUGAUUUUACUAAUUAUACUUGCAGUGACAGGUGCUUUGUAAAUCUCCUUUUAUCCAGGAUUAUGGUUCACUCAUUUUUUUAGUGUUAUUUGUAUAUUGGUGCAUAAUUUAUAUUGAAGAGGCAUACUUCAAAACUCGCAUCCAUUGGUAAAAUCUUAUGUUGUGUAAAGAUUUACUCCAAAUAUUUCACGUAAUGUGGCAUAUUGUUACAAAACAUAUUUAUUAAAAUGUGAAAAUGUGUUUGUUCAAUUAUGUAAAUGAACAAACACUUUGUUACAGUUAAAGUAGAUUGAAUUUUUUUUUUUUUUUAAUUUCUAUACCUGAAAUAGGAUUCAUCAACAUAUUUUUAGUUUUUCUGAUAAAAUAAGAAAAGAUGCAGAUUUACUACAUUCUGUUCUGUGAAAUUCGAAAUUAUUUAGAUCUGAAGCAAUCAUUAAACCUAAUUUAUUUGUUGAUAAUACUCUUAAAAAGUAGACACAAAAAGGAUCCCUUGAAAAUUUUAUCAUCAUUAUAUACUAAGAGUAUUGUUAAUAUUAAUAAAAUCUUUUUUUUCGCUUUCAUGUAAAACUUUAUCUGAUUGGUUUUAACCACAGUAUUUCAUACCCAUGCAAUGCCUGUGUAUUUUUAAAAGCUUUUUAUAAUCUGCCUUACAAAAUUAGUUAUAGAUUGAAAAUAUAACCAUACUAGUCCUUUAUUUUCACCUUCAGAGCUUGCCAUUUUUUCAUUGUUUUGAUAUACGUUUAUAGGGUGAGUGAGAUAAGAUACACAUGUAUUACAUGUACAUCAUGAGCAAUGUUCUUUUAUUUUAUUCUUUUUGUUUCAUUGCAAUUUUAAAGUUAUUUUGUGUAACAGACAGAUUGUACAUGCAUGUACAAGAGUUUUAAUGUCAUAAAAAAAGAAAUGUUUUUUUAAUUCUUUGAUUUGUUUAUUUCUGUGAAGAUUUUACUCCAUUACAUUACUUCAUAACAUUCCUUAUUUAUUAUUUGAAAUGUGUGUUUAUAAAAGCAAUUCUAAAAACCAGUACAUGUUUUGUUUUUAUAAAUUCAGAAUUAUAUGAAUGGAAACUGUUUCUUACACUCAGAUUCAGAAGUUCAAGUAUAUAUUUACUUAAAUUUGGACCCUGGUGUAGAAAUGAUAAACAAAAAUUCUUGAUUUCUCUGUUGGUAAUACUGCUGAAUAUUGUUCUUUUUCAUAAUUUUUUUUUUUAAUUUCAAGGAUUGGGAACUUUUUGUUUCAUGUACUGGUACUUUUGAUUUCAUUUACUAUUUUUUUUAAAAAUAUUUUAUUAAUUUUUUAUUAAAGCUUAAUAAUACAAUGAUACAUUGGCAAUACCAGUGGUAAAAAGACAAUACACUAUUAAUAAUUGUAACACACUAGAUAAGUUUUUUUAAUGCAAAUUUUAACUUAUCCACAAAACUACUAGUAUUUUAGACACAACAUAUUAUUUCAAACUUUAAGAUUUUUCUUCUUUUUACCAAGAGCUCAUAUUUCUAUAUCCACACAUAUCAUCUUUUACAGGUAAUACUGUAAAGCACAUUCAUUAUCUGGAUAAUUUUGUGCAAUUUUGUUUUUGUAAACCCCGGUUUUUAUAAAGUGCACUGUCUUUUAUAAAUUGAUUUACUAUUUCUAUAAAGUUGAUAAAUACUUGGGAUAACCAGAGCUGAUUCUGAUAUAUCAGUUUUUAUUAAAAAAUUGUUAGUGUCAUAUACAUUGGUUAACUUUAAUCACUUAUUGUUUAUAGAUCUGACACAGAAGUUAGCACAAGGUAAUAAUUCCUACAAUUUGAUACAUUAUUGAAUUGGUUAUGUGCAGACACAGUGACCAUGGUGAAUUCUGUGCCCCCAGUCCAUGUUUUGUACAUAUAUUUUAAUUGAUCUGUUACCAUGAGAGAUUGAACUACUAGUAUUAGUUUUAAUUUGUGUUAAAUAAACUUUAUUUUAAAGAUAUGACUUAACCAUUUACUGCCAUUGAGCAAUUUUUUUAUCUCGAUAUAAACUUGGGAGUAAGGUAUAGAAAAGCCUCUUCCUGCAUGUAAGCCUGUCAAUUAUUUCAUUGUUUACUGGAAUGUUAUGUAUUAUGUAAUAUUUGAAAAGAUUUUCUAUUAAAGAAAUACAAUGAACAUCCAAAUAUUUUAAAAUUCUGUAAUUUUAUUACAAAUACUGACCCUGCAUUCUUAAGAAAAUUGUGUAUAUUUGUAUUUUUUCUCAAUUCCUCCAUGUGCUUUCAUAUUUCAUUUUUCUUAGCAUCCAAGAUGAAGUAGAUGCAUUUAAAGGUUGUAUUAAUCACCUGUUCAAAUGAAUAUAGUCUAAUCCAUUUGUCACUGUUCAUUUCAUCUUCAAAGGCAUUUACCUAAUCACAAAUACAUAAUCUCAUACCUGAUCUGUAUUUAUUAUAAUCUCAAAUAUUUGCAGAAAUAUUGUAUAUUGUAAUGUUGCAUAUUGAAUGUUCACUUUAAACAUUGAUGUCAAUCAUUCAAAUCCAGUCAGGAUUAUCAUUUUUAAAUCUUUUCCCAUCUUUACAUAUGUUCCCCCCAGUGUAGGUGACACACUAUGUACAAGUAUAGUAUACAGCCAGGAAUGGAAAUUCAAGAAUAGUGCAAUUCUAUAUUACAUUGUUAAUAUGUGCAUGUACAUUUUAGAUCUAUCUUUUAUUGCGUAUCAUGUUUUCAAAAUGGAAAACAAAUUGAUGUUAUAGCCUUAACAAUAAUGUUGUACAAAAUAUGAACCAUUACUCAAUUCAUUCGAAUAAAAAAUAUUUUCCUUCUGA